AGGCACUCGGAGCCACCGCCGAGCCGGUGCGGAGCAUCAUCCUGCCGGCAGCUGAAGGGCCGUGCGCUGCCCGCUGCCCUCCGGAGGUGCGGAGCCAGGUCCCCAAAGUGAAGAGAACGUUCUGAAAUGCAGAAAGGCUUAUCUGCAGCCGCAAAUGGGAAUCUGGAAUAACUAUGAAAAACACACUGAAAUAAUUGUGUUUGACUGGAACAAAAUUCUUGCAAAGUCCCCAAGGAUGAGAUUCUGUGCCAAAUCAAUGCUUCUAUCUGACUGGCUCUUUCUGGUCUAUGUGUUAAUGGUCUGCUGUAAAUUGUUGUCCGCCUCCAGCCACCAUCCCCGGGGACAUACAGGCCAGCACCAAGUCAAGCAAGGGACAUGCGAGGUUGUGGCAGUGCAUCGUUGCUGCAAUAAGAACCGGAUUGAGGAGCGAUCGCAAACAGUCAAGUGCUCCUGCUUCCCAGGGCAGGUGGCUGGGACAACGCGGGCUCAGCCCUCGUGCGUGGAAGCUUCUAUUGUCCUGCAGAAGUGGUGGUGUCAUAUGAACCCCUGUUUGGAUGGAGAGGACUGUAAGGUACUACCAGACUACUCAGGGUGGUCUUGCAGCAGUGGAAAUAAAGUCAAAACCACAAAGGUAACGCGGUAGCAAAGAAUAAACCUGUGGGUCCUACUGGAACAGUGGUGUGUGCAACUGCAUUGCUUGGCUGUUAGACAGAGACCCUAUUUUGUGAGGGUGCUACUGACUUCAUUCCUGGGACCUGCAAAAUGACUCAGUGAGAAGAGCAACUCUUCUUUCAACCGUGGCUGCAGUUCCAGAACCUGGAUUUGGCUAUACAGAACAAUGAAUCUUUAAUUUGGUGCGAAAGCACGAGGAGAUUUGGUUCUACCUGAAAUGCACCUUGGAUUCUCCAUCUUCUGCCACCUGGCAGCAAUUUGUAGAAGCACAAACCUGAACUUCUGCAGUACAUCAAGGACAAAACUUUCUUUGUGAUGCUGAGCUAUGUAAAAUUGCUUUAAAAGAGUUUAGAUUAUGAAAUUAACCUAGGAUACAAUAGAAAGAGAAUUCUUACGUUGGAACCAUUAUGGGUUUGUCUGAGGUACUUCUCGCAGUACAACAGAAGAAUACAAAGCUGAUCCCAGUGCUGACAGGACAGUGUUAGUAAAUAGCGUAUAAGUGUAUUUUCAGCUGUGAUUUAGUAGCUAUCAAGGUUGUUAGAAAGUGAGAAGAUGGCACUUAUAAAUCAGUAAUGAUUAUAGUAGGGCAUACUUUGGUUAUAUCUGUGCAAUUAAAUUUAUUUCCUUAGGUAGUUAUAGGUACUUUAAUUUUUACAUUCAUAAGUGCUGGCAGGGAAGCAUGAGGAAGAGACAAAAUUUGAAAGUAGAUAUAGUUUUUGCUGUCCUAAAAUAAAUCCAUUCUCUAGGGGAAUAGCAAAGUAUAUGUAUCCCUUGCCUCUUUGAAUCUGGAUAUGGAAAAGAAUUUAGCCAUUAGCUAGAAAUAUGCAUUCAGAUGCCUCAAAAAAAAAAAAAAAAAAAAAAAAAAGAAAAAAGAAGAAGAAAAGCAAGCAUGCUUGUACUGCAUAAGGAGGGCUUACUGCAAGGAGGGUAAUUUGUUCGGAUUUUCAUAGCUUUGGUUAUAUCCUAAUAGGUAACAUACUUAAAAUUCAUGAGCAAAAAUUCUAGAUAAAAGUGAAUAUUCGCUUUCAAUUAGUUCUUGUUUAGACUGAUUAUAAUAAUUAAAUGUCCAGUUCUUUGACAGACUGAAUUUCCAAGUGAUUACAUUUUGUGACACGUAAUUGUUCCAUAUUAUUGUAGAUGCAUUUCAUACUGUUUUUCCUAUUUGCCUGUUGCAGUUUCUUGUCAUCAGUCUUCAUAAAUAGAACAGUAAGUAGAAGUGAAGCUGUAGCCAGGCUGAUCCCCAGUAUAUCAUUUUGGACUUAGGGUGCAUUAAAACUGACUGAAAUGCAAUGAUGCAGAUGGAUAUCUUGCAGAUGAACUGCCGCUGACCCAGCUACUGAACUCAUUGUUAUGCUUUAUGUAAAUAUGAGGGUAACAAUGUGAAUCUAAUUUUUAUAUAGCUAGAAAAGAAAAAAAGCAAAAGGAAAAAAAAAAGUAUGUUGUAUUAAUUUAGACCACUGUGCAUAUGCUUUCAGCUUUGUGGGGAAGAUACCAUCAGCCAUGUGAAGCUGUUCAGAAUAAUGAUGCUUAGCUUUUCUAGCUUUUGAUUUGCUGGAGUGAGUGAGAGCUCUCAGCCAGAUAAUUCCACAGAAGUUAGUGGGGGAAGGUCUGGCCCCGUGUUCUUUUUCUUCUGAUUUCUCUGGUUUAGCCCACGUUUGGUUAUGCAUUUGAUGACAGCUGGGAUCAUAGUGGUCAUUGUACUUGGUGAUAAGUAAAAAAGAAGUGUUCUGCUCUAUCCUCAGACAGCUAAACAGUGAUUCUACCUAGCAGACUCUGCUUUCCCUAAUGAGUUCUGCAUUACUGGCAUUUUUCCACUGUUCCAGUUUUCCGAUUAAGUUUUAAUAUUGCCUUUUCUCUUUCUAUUUUUUCUGUAUCUUCAAAAUAUCAUCAGUGAAAGUUGUUUUUUUGUUUCCCGUUUGUACAAUGUUGGCCCAAAAUUGGUAUUUAUUUAUUUUGCUAAUUUCUGUAUAUAAAAGCAUAGUAAAAACCAUUGCUGAGGUGUUCUGAUCUAUGUGGAUAAAUGAGAAAUUUAGAGAAAAUUACUACUGGUAAAUACAAGGAAAAACUAUUUAGCAGUGUUCAUGCACCAUAGAUGUGUGGCAGAGCUGAGAAGUGACCCAAACCUUAUUACAUCAGAUUAAGCCUUUCUUGUGGGGAGCAUAUGUUAUCAUGUACAUGACAUGCCUUACAACACCCACCUGAAAGGGGCAUUCAGUGUCCCUGGGGAAAGGGAAAACCAGAGCAUAAGUUUGAUAGCGUCGGAUUAUGGAAUGCAGCCCACAUGAAUGACUUCCUUCCUAGAUCCUCCGCUGAUGACAAAGAUUUUGUAUUUCUAAAGAAUCUUCAUUCCAGAAGAUCCUGGGAUGAUUUACAGCCUUUUCUGACUUGCUGCACAAAUGCUGUAAUAGAUACCUGUCUCUUUUUGGAGGAUUGCUGUUUCUCCUAAUGCUGUUGUCUGGCAUCUGACACCAGUAUUGCCCUUCUGCUGAAUGAUUGCAAAAUUAAAGCCUUUGCCAGAGGCUCUGUUAGUAGAAGAGAUCAGCAUCCCAGAUUUUUCAUGUGUUCUCUAUGGAAGUGGCUUAGUUGAUGCAUAUCUGCUUCCAGAAGAGCAGCGUUUGUAAGCAGCAUGCUGGCAAUCUCUGCUUACUUCCCACUGUUAAGCUUCUGUGAGGCUACAGCGGGUGGGUUCUUGUGUCCAGGUUUUUGUUCAGGACAGCAUUGCCUGCUGCAAUCUGGUUCAGAGACUGAUCCCCUCCCUCUGUCCUAAAACUGCCAAGUUUUGCCAUACAAUUUCUAACAGAAGGCUGUUGCAGACACUCAAUCCUUUGGUAAAAUAUUACUCUGAUAAGCAGGCUGAGCUAAUUUAUGCCCUGAUUAUACCUAUAUCUCACUUAACUCUGCUCUCUUCUCCCCUCAUUAGUAUGACCCUGAUGUAUUUUCCUUCACUGAGUUGACAUUUCAGUAGACAAACUGCUAUUCACUGCUACUCUAGGCUUGCUUCUUUUCAGCUCAUACCUUCUUGCUGGCAGCGUACGUUCUUACCAGUUCUACCUCAGCGUGUGACCAGGAAGUUUUGCUGCUGAACAUCACCCACUGUUCCUCUCCCAGGCUGAGGUCACAGGGAGUUGCCUGUCCCUGUGCUGAGGACUUCUGUGUGCCCUGUGUCAGAGCCACAGCUGAACGAUCCCAGGACUGACUGAGGAGGAUGUCCAUCGUCUCCCAUUUUGAACAGAAAGUGCCAUUGUUCACUGCUCAGUGAGUUCCUCACCACUGUCCUUAUCUUCCUGAAUUAGACAGGGAAAUCUCUAUGGUAUCAAAAUAAAUAUAUAGAGGAAGAUAUAUGCGUUGAUAUGUAGGUCAAACUAGAUUCAUGGCAUUUUCUUUAUCUAGAAAAUAAAUUAUCUUAAUAGAAAUCCUUGCAAGGUUUCUCUUGCGUCUUACAACUCUGUUAAAUCCAUGAUGGAUUUGAUUCCAUUUUC